AAAUUUGUAGAAAGUGAACUCAAAUAAUUUUCUCUUUGCCCACAAACAAAAGUCAACAAAAACAAAUAUUUCCUCUGCAAGUCUCACAACUACCAUUCCCCACUAAAUCAGACUGUCAGUUAUUCUUUGUGUCUCUCACACCAUAAAUUCUCGUUUCUUUCGCAAUUUCUUUUCCAUUCUUUCAGGGAGAAGAAACAAAAAAGAAAAAAAAAAACCAAACAAUGGCGAAACCGAAAUUUUUAUCUCUAUUUUCUUUUUCCCUUCUCUUCCUCAUUACCUCCUCCUCCUCGGCCGCUGCUUCCUCUAUCUUGGACGACCGACGACUCGGUGGAUCGAGUUUUCCUUCGCUGCAUGCGAAGAAGCUGAUAAGGGAGUUGAAUUUGUUUCCUAAAGAGGAAGUAAACGUUGUUGAUGAAGGCCGGGUUUCGUUACCCAAGGGUCCCAAGCUGGUUGAGAAGCGGUUCAAGUUCCCGAAUUUGGCAGUGCCUGCUGGGGUUUCCAUUGAGGAUUUGGGUCACCAUGCUGGGUAUUACAAGCUUGUUAAUUCUCAUGAUGCCAGAAUGUUCUACUUCUUCUUUGAAUCACGCAAUAGCAAAAAGGACCCUGUUGUAAUCUGGUUGACUGGAGGACCAGGGUGUAGUAGUGAAUUGGCUUUGUUUUAUGAAAAUGGCCCUUUCACCAUUGCUGAUAACAUGUCUCUUGUUUGGAACGAGUAUGGUUGGGACAAGGCAUCAAACCUUCUGUAUGUGGACCAACCUAUUGGUACUGGCUUUAGUUAUAGUUCUGACAGAAGGGACAUUCGUCAUAAUGAAGAUGAAGUUAGUAAUGACUUAUAUGACUUCUUACAGGCAUUCUUUGCAGAACACCCUGAGUUUGCAAAUAAUGACUUUUAUAUAACUGGAGAAUCAUAUGCCGGACACUACAUUCCAGCUUUUGCUGCCCGAGUCCACCGAGGAAACAAAGCUAAAGAUGGAAUUCAUAUAAAAUUAAAGGGAUUUGCUAUUGGUAAUGGCCUGACUGACCCUGCAAUCCAGUAUAAAGCUUACACAGAUUAUGCUUUGGACAUGGGGGUAAUUAAGAAGACUGACUAUGAUCGUAUCAACAAGCUGAUUCCGGUUUGUGAAAUGGCAAUAAAGCUUUGUGGCACUGACGGUACAAUCUCUUGCAUGGCUUCAUAUUUUGUCUGCAAUACCAUAUUCAGUGGCAUCAUGGCACUUGCUGGUGACACAAAUUACUAUGACAUUAGAAAGAAAUGCGAAGGGAGCCUUUGCUAUGACUUCUCAAACAUGGAGACACUUCUGAACAAGAAAUCCGUUAGGGAUGCCCUUGGUGUUGGGGAUAUAGACUUUGUAUCCUGCAGCCCUACAGUGUAUCAGGCCAUGCUGGUCGACUGGAUGAGGAAUCUUGAAGUUGGCAUUCCUGCUCUUCUUGAGGAUGGAAUCAAGCUUCUUGUAUAUGCUGGGGAAUAUGAUCUCAUCUGCAACUGGCUUGGCAAUUCAAGAUGGGUUCAUGCAAUGGAAUGGUCUGGUAAGAAGGAGUUUGUAGCAUCUUCUGAGGUUCCUUUUGUAGUUGAUGGUGCAGAAGCAGGAAUUUUGAAGACUCACGGACCUCUUGGCUUCCUUAAGGUUCACGAUGCGGGUCACAUGGUUCCUAUGGACCAGCCGAAGGCAGCAUUGGAGAUGCUGAAAAGAUGGACCAAGGGUACACUUGCUGAGGCAGCAGAUUCAGAGAAACUGGUUGCUGAGAUGUGAUUUCCAUUGGACACUCCGCUGCUUUCAUUCAAUCUAGUUGGCCUUAGAAUGGGAAUAACCAUAGUAAAAUCUGUGGGGUUUCUGCAUGACCCCCCAAAAGAAAAAAGUUUCUUUGAAUGCCUGUAAAAAUUUGCAUCUGGUUAUCUUGGUUUUCCGAAGAUUUCCUACUGAAAUGAAUCAAGGAGUUUUCAAACAUUUCUUAGCUGCUGCUUAUUUGUGUAGUUGAUUGAGUAUAUGUUAAUUAUGUUAUUUUUUUGUAUGUUUUUUCAUGUAACUUCCAUUGUUCUCACGUGUCUCAGAUCAGUUGUCAAAUAAGUAUAUCUAAGAUUGAGACUUCAAAUUCCAAUUUCAAAGACAUUUUU